UUGCAGAUAUUAUCAACGGAGUCGCGAAACAGAAAAUGGUGGCUCGCAGCUUUGAGGUUCACCACAAUGACUCCAUUUUGGGGGUUGACUAUGAUACCGACGAUGUUCUCGAAAUUUUCAAAUUCCAGCUCUUGUCUCUCACUUCCAUUCCUCGGGACGAGCAAUUGAUUGCUGGUUUAAUGAAGAAAUUUUGAUUUCUCAAAGUGUAUUUUCCUCUUUUGGUUGUACUUUUUAUUUAUUAUAAAUCUUUUGAAGAAAAUAGAAAGAAGCAUCGGACGGUUCAUUUGAAUGGUGGUGGAUGCUUAUUUUCUGCAAGCGAUUCGCACCAAUUAAUCCGCAUAAGAGAACAGCUGUUGAAUUCAAAUUGUUGAGCUUGAGAAGAGGCUAAAUAAACUCGAGCUGUGGAGAAUAGGCAGGCUGAACUAACUUAUCUGCAUUUAGGUUUUAUUUCAAUUACAGGAAACAAUCAAAACAAAGUUUUUGGAGAAAAUUGAAGAAGAUUAGUAUGGCUGAAGGGAAGGGAACACAGAUUCCAAGAGUCAAACUUGGAAAUCAAGGACUUGAGUCAGCACUCAAAAAUCCUAUUUACAUCUGGGAUUGUUGAUCUAAGAGGAAGCAAUUGAAAGCAAUUAUUUAGAUAAGAAAGAGAAACAAAAUGACUGAGGGGCAGGGAAUUCAGAUUCCAAGAGUCGAACUUGGAACCCAAGGUUUUGAGGUAUCAAAGUUGGGGUUUGGAUGCAUGGGGCUGAGCUGGAUCAACUCCCCUGAGGCUGAAAAGGAAGGAAUCUCACUAAUAAAAGAUGCCUUCAGUAAAGGGAUCACCUUCUUUGACACAUCUGAUAUAUAUGGAACUGAUCAUUACAAUGAAAUUCUUGUUGGCAAGGCCUUGAAGCAGUUGCCAAGAGAAAAAGUUCAGAUAGCCACAAAGUUUGGUGUUGUAAGCUUGGGACCGCCUCGUCUGGUAGUAAGGGGUGACCCUCAGUAUGUCAGGGUAUGCUGUGAGUCUAGCUUGAAGCGUCUUGGCGUCGACUACAUCGAUCUCUACUAUCAGCACCGGGUGGAUCAAUCGGUGCCUAUAGAAGAUACUAUGGGUGAGCUGAAGAAACUGGUGGAAGAAGGGAAGAUAAAGUAUAUAGGAUUAUCUGAAGCGAGCCCGGACACAAUAAGGAGGGCACAUGCUGUUCAUCCCAUCACAGCUAUACAAAUGGAGUGGUCUCUUUGGACUCGUGAUAUUGAGGAAGAGAUUGUUCCACUUUGCAGGGAGCGUGGGAUUGGAAUUGUUCCAUAUAGUCCUCUUGGCCGUGGUUUUUUUGCUGGCAAAGCAGUUUUGGAAAAUUUGGACUCUAAAGUUCAUGCGGCCGCACAUCCUCGGAUGAAAGGAGAGAACUUGGAGAAGAACAAACACAUUUACCAUAGAGUAGAAAGCCUUGCUAAGAAACAUGAAUGCUCUCCUGCUCAACUAGCCCUCUCAUGGGUUCUCCACAGAGGAAAUGAUGUUGUUCCUAUCCCUGGGACAACAAAAAUUAAAAACCUGGAUACAAACAUUGGCUCCGUAGCGCUGAAACUCAGGGAAGAGGACCUGAAAGAAAUUUCUGAUGCCGUUCCUCUCGACCAAGUAGCUGGUGAGAAAACUUACGAACACGCGAGUCAUGUGCAAUGGAAAUUCGCCAACACUCCUCAAAGGAAUCCAAAUUAGUCUGACUGAUCAAUCGAGCUUACAAGGACUAAUUGCCUGCCACAGUAUUAAUUAAUUUUGUAAUACUCAGGCAGCAAAUGAAAUGUAACUUGAUCUGUAAUUGGUUUAAGCUUUCCAAGUCUUGAAUUUGAAACAAAUAAACUCACAGCAGCAAAUUCAAGUUUGUCACCCACUUAGAAGCAUUGUUUGGAUGAUAUAGUAUUAAUUAAUUUUGCAA